AUGUGGUAUCGUUCUGUGAUAAUACAAUUGGCUGUGCGCCUAUUACUUCACUAUUACGAUGAGCUACAUCUUGCGUCAGAGGGCGGGGAAAGUGUGACGUCAGCGGCGCGCAUGCGAAGAAAGCAAAGUUGCGCAUGCGACCGCUCAGCGGGCACUUUUGCUUUCGCAGGAGGCCGUAACGUCUCGCCGAUAGCGAAAACGGUUAUACCUACCUUCACUGUCACUUUUUUGUGCGAACGUAAACAUAAGCUCGUUUGCGGCAACCCUGCCCUGGUGUGGCACCGCGCGCAACUGGGUCAGUGGGCCGCCCCCCGCGCCGUCCCCGAGCGAGCGGUGGCGCAACCGCUCGAACGCGCACUAACAUAG